UUUUAAUGGCGGACAUUUGUAAACAUUUUUGUUGUCACGGGGUAUUUUUCCAUCUUUUGCAUUGACAGAUGAACGAUUUGAAAGAAAAUCUUUAUAAUUUCAUGGAAAAUGAAUGUCUAAUUUGAGUGGUUCAAUUUUGUAUGUUUUCGUGACGCUUAUUUUGUAAAAACUGCUUGUUUUCUCUUUAAUUUCUCUCUCAGGAAACAACAUGUUUGAUUUGGAGGCGGUGAAUUUGAAAUGAUUUUAUUCAUUUCGGUCAUUAUAAUGGUGUUUUGAAAAAUCUGUGACUCUCUUAAUCCGGUAUAUUUGUCACGUGAUUUAAAUAUUUGAUGUGUUUAUCUUAAUUUUUCAAGAAAUAUUUUGUUAUUCUAAAAAGGAAAACUUGUCAGUCUUAAGGCAAAUUAUUACAAGUUUUGCAUCAAAGCUGAAGCAUAUAUGCCACGGUCUAUGUUUUCAAGUGAUUUCACAUAAAUAAUAAAAAUGGGGUAGGCUACUAACUAUAACUGUCACUGAGAUUUACAUAAUGGAUAAUUCAUUUGGAUCAAGGCCACCAUGGCCAACUCGACCGAUGGGCAUGCAGGCACAGACAUAUGGUGGAAACAUGCCACCCAAUAUGAAUCAAAACUUCAACGCUCUUCAACCUGGCCAACCACGAGCAUCAGUAAUGAAUGGGUUCAAUGGUGUCCCGCAAGCUCUUAAUACAAUGUCAACACCAAGUUCCAUGGGCGGAGGAUACCCCAUGUGGGAUAUGGACAUACCAAGUCAGAUGUUCAUGCAGACAAUGAAUUUUGAGCGGAUGAUGCAGCAGCAGCAACAACAACAACAACAACAAGGCAUGAUGGAGCCAGUUGCAAACAUGAGUGUACUUUCCAAUAGAUCAGACGAUGCCUCAAAUAGAAAUGAGUCGGGUCGUGAUUUGAUUGAACAACAGCAGGCUAUGGAGCAGGCUCGUUUAUUGCAAAGAUUUAAGGAGUUACGUCAGUGGCAGCACCAACAACAGGAAGUUCUGAUGACACAACAACAACAACAACUUAGUCUUUUACGGAAAGAACAGGAGAAAAUGAAAGGCAUGAUGUCUAAACAGAGAGAAAACCAGUGGGGAGGAGGACAUUCAAAUGUAUACGGGAACACAGAGACACCGCCACGUCGUCAGUUACCUCCCGGAACAGAUAUAUCAAAACUAAUGCAACCAAAUGUGAAUCAACCACAAGUCGGUCAGGAUUUCAAUGGUCAGCAUAUGUUACCUAGACCAGUGAUGUACGUACAGCCAAAAGAAGACGAUGAUGAAAUCAAGACUAACCCGGAUUUAUUCAGUGACACAAACUCGAACCGAGGCAGUCAGGCUGGUAUGGAUGAUGGCAUGUUUCCGAUACCAGACUCGGCCUCAGAGGCUAGCGUUGAAGUGGGACUUCAUCACCUGAGGCAGGGACAAAUAAAGCAGCCAUCUCAGUGUAGGCAAAGAUUUAAUCCUCAUGAACUAGAUGCUCCCAAAAAGCUCCAUAGAUCUUUCGCUGAACUGGAACAUGACCCAGAAUUCUUAAAUUUGUCAUCCCAGUCACCAACCAUGUUGGAGAUGCAACACGGAUCAAAACAAGAUGCAAGAAAUGAAAGAAUUGAGGAGGAGGAUGAAAACAAUUCUGAUGAUGAAAGUGAAGAUGAUGAUGAUGAUGACAAUGAUGAUGAUAGCAGUGAUAAAAGUGAUGAUAGUGAUGAUGAAGAUCAAGAAGAUACUCAAAUAGAGGUGAAGGCAGGAGGUGGUAUAGAUGAUAUACCUAUCAAGCCAGGUUUAGAAGCUGGAAAAACAUUUGAAGAACUUUUAGAAGAACAGUUAAAGGCUGAGGAAGAGAGGUUAAGAGCAGCAAAUGCCAAUGUGGAUUCACCUAGUCAACCAAAAAGAAGCUUCCUCAAAAAAGGUGAAGGGAUUGCAAGGUUUGAAUCCAAACCUGGUCAGCGACCUUCUAAAGUGAAAAAGAAAACCACAGUACCGGGUGUUGUUAGUAAGACAUCAAGUAAACAGGCCUCACAGAAACCUGAGACUACUAGUGCACAAACAAAAUCUGGCAGCAACAAGGCCGCUGGAAAACCACCAACUAGCAAUAAAAACCAACCUGGUAAGAAGGUCACAGGUCAAGGGUCAAAGCAACACAAGACUGAUGAUAAGAAGAAGAAGUUGUCUAAAAAGUCUCCAGGUAAUGAUGCAGAAAAACAGGCGAAGGUGAAGGACGUGUCAGGAAACGAGGACAAGCAAUUGAAAGGGAAAUUGAAGCGCGCAGACUCUUUUCCAGAUGACGCUUCAUUUGUAGCUAAUUUAAAAGAGAGGCAGAAAGAAUCUGAGCGAGAUAUGGAGGAACUGGAUGAGUUUGAGAUUCUUGAACACUUCGCUGACAACAUGUCAUUUUGUAGUAACUCCUCAAUAGUAACCAAAGGUCUACAUGGCUUACAGAAUGAUAGAAUCCUGCCCGGUGUUAAACCCAAAAGUCAAGAAAUAGGAAGGUCAAAUAGUCCAAGGGCAACUUUGAUAAAGAAAUUGGAGGAAGAGAAAAAGGCCAAGCAUAAAAAACAGUUGGAAGAACAGUCUAACAUGAAGCAUGGAGGUUUACGGUCAAACUCAGAUAGUAAAAGAAAUACUGGUGUUAGAACUUUGGAAAACAUGCUAAAAAAAGAAGACUGGCAGAAAAAAGAACCGGUGAAAGUAGAUGCUGCUAAGACUGCAAUAGAUGAUGAUAACAGUGAUGAAUAUGAAUCAGUGAGUGAUAGUAGUGAUGAUUCAAGUGAUGAAUCCAGUACUGAUGAUGAUGAUAAUAAUGAUGAUCAUAAAAAUGAUCAAAAUGAUAUGUAUGGUGUUCUUAAACAAUUCGGUAUUAAGGAUGGCCGUGUUCAAAAUUUGCUAAGUGAAAAGACUAAUAGUAAAGGGAAGAAUGAUUCAGUGUGUUCAACUGAUAAAAAGCUGGAGAGAGUGUUAAGUUACACAGGGUUUACUGAGUCAAGUAGUGUUUCACAGACAUCGGAAUCGGAACAGGAAGUCGAUUUAGACGAUGAUGAUUUUGACUUCUCCGAUAAAGGAGAAGUAGAAACUAAGGAACCACCGAAGUCGUUGACUCGGAAAGUGGCCGGGAGAGACGAUAAAAAUAAGUUUCCGUUUCAGAAUCUGCCGUCAGAUAAAGACAUGUUACAGGUUAAUGUUAUCGGAAGUGCCUUUAUGCCGAAAGCAAAAUCUCCGGGUGUUAUCUCAAAAGAAAAGGUUUCAAAACCGGAAACUUUCACACAUAUACAACACGAUAUUCUAAAGGAAGAGACUAAAUUUUCGUAUCACUCAGAUUCCGACUCUGUAGGCAACAAACAUAACGGGAGUUUGAGUGACGAAGACGAUGAUAAAUCCAAUGACGGAGAUAAAAAUUCUCGGAAGUCUUUUGGCGAGAAGAAAACAUUGCAAUUUGAUGACGAUGAUGAAUGGGGAGAGCUUACACCGAAAAUUUUAAAAUUGAGAAAACGGAAAGAUUCAGAAAAUGAAAAUGAUAAGACACUUGUAGAAGAUACAGAUGUGGAUAAAGAAGAUACUAGACAGGGCAAGUCUAAGAGCGAAGAGAAAAGUGGCGAGGAUACCCCACCCACAUCAAAACUAGUAUCCAAACUUUUCCCCAGUCUAAAACCAGUGCAGAAAAAACAAGAGGAACAGAAUUUAGAGAAGAUACAGUCUGUAUCGCAGGCUGGUUCAGGAGAUGGCGUCCAGUCUAAAAUUCUGCGAGAUAAAUUGAUAGAGCUUGAGAGAGAGAUUGAGAAAUUUAGGAACGAGAAUAAACAUCUCGCCACACUACGCAACGAGAGAGAACAGGGCUUGCAUGUUCUGAAGAAAGAAAUAAUGGACUUUGAAAAAGAGAAGGCAUUGGAGCUAAGACGCAUUGAAGAAUUUAGAAACGAGGAAAUGAAAAAACUGAAGCAUGAGAAGAAGAUGUUUGACAAGUAUCAGAAAGCUGCUAGAGCAGGUCCAGACAAGAAAGAAAGGGAAGAAAUAGAAAACCUUAAGGCACAGGUAUGUGAACUACAAGAGGAGAUGAAGCGUAAAGAGGGCCGCUGGACGGCCAACAACGCUCGCCUACGUGACAAGAUAGAUCAUUUAGAGCAAGAAAAUGAGGAAUUAAAAGAGGAGAUUAAACUUCUCGAGAAGAAACGUCUUGAAUGGAUGCAGAAAGAUCAAAAGAACAAGGCACGGCCAGGUGGACAGAAUGUGUUACGCAGCAGUACACCAACAGAGGAGCUUGAACAGCUUACAAAUGGUUUUGUUGAACAUGGUUACAAUGAUCUGUCUGCAUCCACCACCAUGCGCUCAAAUUCUAGUCACAAAGCUGCCCAGCAGCAGCCGCAGCAGCAGCAGCAGCAGCAGCAGACGAAAGUAAACAUUCGCUCAACUUUUCAACCACCAGCUAAACAAUCAGGUCAUAAUCAGGCACAGUCUACACAUAAUAAACAUUUGAAUGUUAACCAGUCUGCAAAAACAACUGUGAACCAUACUAAUUCAAAAGUGAACCAGUCUAAGAAACUUAAUACCCAUAGUGCAAAGCCAGGUCAUCAAGUGCAUGGUCAAGGUCACAAACCAGGUCAUAAGGUUACAGGUAGAGGUAACAAUAGUGGGACUUCUGGGAAAAGCUCAAAUUCUGGUGACAGUAAAAAUGUGCUACGCAAUUCUUUAGCCGAGGAUCUCCCAAGGCGGGAACUUGGGACAAUGGCAGAACCACAGGAUUUGAGUAUAUAUUCCGAGACUGACGGAGACAUUGUAUCUGCCCCUUCCAAUAUGCCCCGGAAAUUGGCGGGAAGACCAGGGGUAGAUAAAUCUGUGAUAGAUAAGGGAGAUAAUGAUGAGUAUGACGAGAUUCAGCACAGUGACGGAAAGGUAGAGAGAACGUACAGAAAUGGAGCAAGGGAAAUUUUGUUUUCAAAUGGUACGAGGAAAGAAAUCUCAGCAGAUGGAAAAUCAAUUAUUGUGUCUUUCUUCAAUGGGGACAUGAAGCAGAUUAUGCCUGAUCAAAGAGUGAUAUAUUACUACUCUGAGAACCAAACCACUCACACUAACUAUCCUGAUGGCCUUGAAAUAAUACAGUUUCCAAAUCAACAAACAGAGAAACUGUACCCUGAUGGCACCAAGGAAAUAACAUUUCCAGACCAGACAAUCAAAUAUAUAUUUCCAAAUGGCUCAGAGGAAAGUAUAUUCCCAGAUGGUACUGUUAUACGUCUUGAAAAGAACGGUGAUAAAACGAUGGAAUUUCCCAAUGGGCAGAGAGAAAUACAUACUCAGGAAUAUAAGAAACGAGAAUACCCGGAUGGCACUGUCAAAACAGUAUACCCAGAUGGUCGCCAGGAAACCAGAUAUUCUAAUGGAAGAUUACGUGUUAAGGAUAAAGAUGGAAAUGUUAUUGUGGACAGACAAUGUUAGCAUUAUUUCCAUUUAGAAUAAUUUGCCUAUAUUUAUAAUUGUACAAUAGAUAUUUUUACAGAUAUUUUUACAGAAGUCCUAGACUAGAGUAAGAUAUACUUAUACAUGUUCGAUGAUUAAUUUCUUGCCAUAUUCUGUUUGUAGAGAAAAAUAAUUACAGGUUCUAUUUAGCCCUAAGCCUGAUUCUACCCAUGUGACCAAUGCAAAUUUAGAUCAUUCUGCACUUGUUGGCCAUCUAAUUAUAGUCUUCACUGUUUGCUAUUCAGUCAGUUCUUAUUUUGUAUACUUUUUUUACCUUUCCCAUACAUUGAUGUUCUUUCUCGAUUGAAAGAUGACUUAAAAGAUUGGCAAUUUCCAUUUAAGAUUUUUAGGUAAGAGGUUAAAAGUAGUCUAUAGAAAAACAUGAUAAAUGUACAUGUCUUUCAUAAUUUGAAUAAGGUAAUUUGUUUGUUUGUUUCAUUUUACGCCUUUUCUCAACAGUAUUUCAGUCAUAUAGGCGGGUAGUUUCCUAACCAGGUAAAAGAGAUGUAAUAACUUACUGUGUUCAACCAAGUCCUCAUAUAUCAUGAUUUCUUAACAUCUUUGCUUCAAUGGCAGAUAAACUAAACGAUUUCAGCUGGACUUUUCAUUGUUUACCGGUGCUUUAUAUGCUACUCAUGAAAUAACAUUUGAAUAAGAACUUGCAGGUGUCUUCAUAUUUAUUUGACACUGAAGGUAUUCACUUGACAUGUGCUCAGUAUCAUUUGUUGAGGUCAUAGGUCAAGACACGUAACUAUACAUUUUUACUGGAUUAUACAUAAGAUUUUCUUUGUGGCAACUUACAAAUUACAGGUUUAACCUUUUGGGUGUAAGUUUUAUGUCUUCAAUCAUUGAGGGUGUAUGACUGAAGCUUCAUUCUUGUCUCUUAAGUAAAAUUUGUAGGAUCACUUCCCAAGAUCCAUAACUGUAGCAUGCAUUUUUAAUGAACAAUUCCCUUUUGUAGGUCUAGAAAAUUUCUGCAGGGCUAAAGUUUUACUAGCAGCAACCUGAAAGUAGUUUAGGGAGCCAACUUUCUGACAGCUAUUGUUUACUUUUUUUUGUAAUGCUUUGACACAUGGUGCU